AUGAUUCUCAGUUGCUCCACCCGUAGGCAGGCUGUCCAGUUCCGGGCUCUUCAGGAUGCUUGUUUCCAGACAACGAUGGGAGGAAACAAUGCUCAAGCCUGGGCAGUGACCGUUUCCUGCCACUGCCUUUCCUCCAUGCCUCCUCCAGACUCCUCUGGGGAGCUCCUUGCUGGUGGUGUUCGAAGGGUGAAGACUUUAAGCAGCCGUCAGACUGUGAUCGGACCCUGGAAAGGUGCCCCUGGACAAAUGGAACCCUCAAAUUUCAAUCUGAAGGACCAAGAAAAAGGACACCACCACCCUGAAGCCAUCCAGCGCACUUCCCUAUUAGAAGGAGCUCAUGGGAAUGUACAACAGUACAUGGUUCCAGAGAAAAAUGGGGUGGUUGACCUUCAGCCUUCAGGAAAGUCAUCAGUCAUCAAGUCUUACUGCAAGAAAUCGUGUGGCGUCUCUGAGACACACCAGGGGACUCCAAGUUCGGGGCUGCGGGGCUGGUUUAAGUCCCCACAUCUUGGGGUGCUGUCGGAUGGAGAUUCCAGCGCCCAUCUGGAGGCGCUGCGGGCCAAGCCCACCGUGCGCAAGGAGCGCGUGGUGCGGCCCGACUCGGAGCUGGGCGAGCGGCCGCCCGAGGACAACCAGAGCUUCCAGUACGACCACGAGGCCUUCCUGGGCAAGGAGGACUCCAAGACCUUCGACCAGCUCACCUCGGAGGAGAGCAAGGAGAGGCUGGGGAAGAUUGUCGAUCGAAUCGACGAUGAUGGAGAUGGCUUUGUCACCACCGAGGAGCUGAAAAUCUGGAUCAAACGGGUUCAGAAAAGAUAUAUUUAUGAUAAUGUCGCUAAAGUCUGGAAGGAUUAUGAUCGGGACAAAGAUGAUCACAUUUCCUGGGAAGAAUACAAACAAGCCACCUAUGGUUACUACCUCGGGAACCCCGCCGAGUUCCAUGAUAGCUCAGACCAUCACACCUUUAAGAAGAUGCUUCCUCGAGACGAGAGACGAUUCAAGGCUGCCGACCUCAACGGGGACCAGACAGCCACUCGGGAGGAAUUCACUGCCUUUCUGCACCCCGAGGAGUUUGAGCAUAUGAAGGAAAUUGUGGUUUUGGAAACACUGGAGGACAUUGACAAGAAUGGCGAUGGGUUUGUGGAUCAGGACGAGUAUAUCGCGGAUAUGUUCUCCCACGAGGAGAGUGGCCCCGAACCAGACUGGGUUGUGUCCGAGAGGGAGCAGUUCAAUGAAUUUCGGGAUCUAAACAAGGACGGGAAGUUGGACCAAGAUGAGAUUCGCCACUGGAUCCUCCCUCAGGACUAUGACCAUGCGCAGGCUGAGGCCAGGCACCUGGUGUAUGAGUCGGACAAAAACAAGGAUGAAAAGCUGACUAAAGAGGAGAUCUUGGAGAACUGGAACAUGUUUGUUGGAAGCCAGGCCACCAAUUACGGGGAAGACCUCACAAAAAAUCACGAUGAACUUUGAUCUAGGCUCACCCUCAUGGGGCAGACUGUUCUAGGGCUUCCUUCACUGUCUUAGGUGGUUGUAUACUUGUCUUACAGUGGUUUGUCCCCCUCAAAAGCAAACUUAUAACCUCAGGUUGGGGUUAAACUGUUUCACUCAGAGUUUACUAAGAAAUAGUCAUCAUUACUGUUUCAGUACAAAUGCUUUCAAAACCCAUUAAAAUCUGGGUAAAUGGGAGGGACUCCUCUAUUGCUUUAAGGGAAUAUACUGCUAAAACAUGAUUUUUUUUUUUAGCUUUUUCCAUUACAUUUAAAGAGUAAGAAUAUUUGAAAAAGCUUUGUUAUUCAGAAGUUGGGAGGGUUGGGGGCAGGAUAUGGAGUGAUUACUAUGUGUUUAUCUGCAAAUUUUUAUAUUCAUCACUGCUGAGUAAUCCGUGAGGGAGAGUUCUGAUGAUGCUUCAGUGAUAUCAUUCUAGGUAGGCUUUUUUCAGAGCAAGUCUGAUAUUCAGCUGCUCCUUUUUGACAAUGUGUUCUGAACUGUUACUGUAAGUGGUUUCUAAAACCUCUGCAUUUUUCUGUAAAUGUGCACAACAAAUUUACAUCUUUGGGUUUUUGUUUUGUUUUGUUUUGUUUUUAUAAUAAGCAAUCAAGAAAGAUAAUGUGAAAAAGAAUGGAAUUUUAGAGGUAGGGAAAAGGUGAAUGUCAGUCAUGAAGAAGUAGGAAAUGUAAACAUUUCAUUAUACUUGCAAAAUUUUUGACUUGUGAGGUAAGGCUGAUCUUUGAAAAAGUGACUAGGGAUAAAAUCCAUUUCCUGGUGCUCACUGUUGGGAAUGCAGGAGUUGCUGGCUAGCCAAGGACAGGAGACCAGCCCUUAACAUCCCGGGGAAGCCACACGCUUGCAUCUGCCUAGGGACCUCUAACAUCAUGGAACUAGGAUCUUGGGGGUGUUCCAGGUCAUUGACUGAGCUGGUAGAAAAAACUGCUACAGGUUGAAAUUCCACCUUUUAAAUAGGAAGUGAAUGAAAUAAAGGAUCCGCUGAGGAUUUUC